CAGCCAUAUACACAAUUGAACUAAGUUAAUAAACUCAUAGUCCUACUUCAAUCUCUCUCUCUCUAAAAUGGAGGCUGUUGAGGCAUUUCUUGAUGGAGAAUGGGAGUCAUUGAGCAAACUGUUUUCUUGUGAGGAUUCAGAUGCUGUGAUGCAUUGCAACAGCAACAACUUGUUUCCAUACUCUUGGAAUAAUGGAGGUGAAUUUGAUGCGAAUUUGUAUAAUAAUAAUGUUGAUCAUGGUAGCUUUCAUUCUGUUUCACAAGAAAGCAGCAGCAGUGAUCAGAAUGAGAGGUCCCUUUUGGAUCACUCAUUCCCUGAUGAUCUCAUGGAGGAAAUCCUCCAUUUGAAAGCACAGAUGCUGUGCAAUGAUGACUUGGACAAUGCUGAUGAUUCUUGCAACCUCAAGAGGAAACAAGCUCACAAUUCAUCACAACCAUCCAAGAAGAGGCCUCGCGUGGCGAAGAAGGCCAAGAGGGCUGCACAAGCACAAGCCACCAACAAUGAUGAAGAAAUGAACAAUGGUGGCGGAGGAGGAGCAACUGUUAAUGCUGUUGGCCAGAGCUCAAGCAUCUGCAGCUCUGAGGGGGAAGAAUCCGAGUCGAAGGGCUCCACCUCCAUGCCCAAGAACAAGGCUACCAAGACCCCAGCAACUGAUGCCCAAAGCCUUUAUGCAAGGAAAAGAAGAGAAAGGAUCAAUGAGAGAUUGAGAAUCUUGCAGAAUCUUGUUCCUAAUGGAACAAAGGUUGAUAUUAGCACAAUGCUAGAAGAGGCAGUCCAAUACGUGAAGUUUUUGCAGCUUCAGAUCAAGUUGCUAAGCUCUGAUGAUAAGUGGAUGUAUGCCCCAAUUGCUUACAAUGGGAUGGACAUGGGCCUUUAUCAGAGGAUUGCUCCAAAUAAAUGAAACUCAUAAUUAACCUCAACGUUAUUAUCUUUCACUAUUUAACAUUCUACUCUCUGCUUAAUAACAAGGGAUAUUAAAUGGACACAAAUCAGCAUAUCCUAGCUUCAAAAAAGAAAAGGGAUAUUUGCUAAUUAACUGACUAUUUUGUGCAUAGGCAUAGAUCCCAAAUUUGUAUACGAUUGGAUGGCCUAUGCCCUCAUAGAUGCUACAAAGAUUGUUGUAGGUAUGCGCACGUGUCGUGGUAGUUAUGGUAUGAAAAUUUGGUGAUGGCUCAAGGGAUGGAUGUACAGAGCAUCAAAUUUACCUGUCCUCAAAAUUAUGGAGCUUGUAAUUUUUUUCGUGUUUAUGAUGAUGAGAAUAUUACUUUCUUUU